CUAUGAACUAAUCUGAUGCACAAACUUCCUGGAGGCAAAAUGGAUUCAAGUUUCCUCAUUUUUUCACUCAUAAUUUUGAAGCUAUCAAUGAUAGAGUCUUCUGGAUCACAAUGUAGUACAGGGAAAUGCUGUCAUGCAGACUAUCUUCUCGUCAGAGAUAACACUUUUGACUGGAUAUAUGAAACUGAGGCUUAUGAACCAUCAUGCCCUCUAAUCGUUAGCCUCCAGUUUUCGACCCAAAACGUAGGAACUCUCGAGUCAUGUUUCGCAAAAGCAUGUGCUCUAAAUGCUAAUGUAGUCACCUACGGGCACCUUAGAAGUUGCAAAAUAUUCAAAUGUGAGUCAAAUUCAAAUCAAAAUGAUUGGGAUUAUAAAUUUAAAUACAGUGGUAAAAGUGGUUAUGAACGGACUUAUGCAAAGCCACAUUCAUAUAGUCCAGGAUGUAACAAUUCUCACUUCGUAAGACGGACAUGGAUGAUGGGACACACAAAUGUGGCAUCUAAAUGCAGUUUAACUAGGCCAAGGUCUGUCGUUGAUGUGGCCGCGUGCAUGAAAGCUGCAUGUGAUGAUAAAGCAAAUGUGUUCAACUUUUACCCUGGAGAGGAACCACAGGCUCUUUGUGAAACCAGAUAUUGCAGAUUUGAUAAAUCAAGGAAUGAUUAUGAUUUUGAAAUCGAAGAGAUAACAACUUCUGGAAACAAAACUGUUGUUUACAUUUACAGCUUAUCACACACUCAAAAAUCUUGGAGAACAAAAUAUGACCAAAUUCCAACAUCUUUGUCAAACUUUGAUUUCUGUACACAAGUUGAAUUCAUACCACAUCCAAGUUCAGAAAUUUCAGAAACACCGGAACACUUUUGUGAUUUCCGCUCAAAUCUUUUGAUAACAUUUCCAAAUGGAUCCAUACAAACAUGGAAUUGUGGGGGACACUUAGAAAACAUUGACACAGGAAAUGUUGGUUGUUAUGCAGAUGAAAAUAAACAAAUGGCCACGAUGACUUUUCUCCCUUAUCCAGGAACCCCGAACUGUGGCGAUUCAAUAUUCAUGUUGAGAAGGUUUCACACAGAGUGUACCAUGUCAAUGUGUGAUACAUUUCUCGAAGUUCCUGAAGCCAAAGACCUGAGACAGUGUAUGUUAUACGCCUGUCAACAUGGUGCCAACGUCAUCAACUUCAUGGCAAUAUCUAAUAAUUACUCAAGUGGCAUCAUUUGUGAUUUAAGAUUUUGUGGAAAACUUCCAAAUGGUGACUAUGACUUUAAAUUCCAAACAAGUAACUCUUCUCUUAGAUUCCCAUAUGCAGUUUUUGCACUUCAGAGUGAUCCUGGAGCUACGACAAAUGCACAAGUGGAUCAACAACCAGAUUGUGAAACAGUCCUAAGAGCCUUAGCGAUAACUGUGACAGUUAUUGGAACAUUGCUCCUGGUGUGCAUCAUCGUAGUCAUAGCAACAUGCCUUAAGUUGAGGAAAUCCGCAGAAAAUCCAAGCAAAGAUGAACCAAAGUGUGUGAAUUUGAGCGCAAUCUUUAAUAAAAAGCCAGAAAAUAUAUAUCAGAACUAAUAAAAAUGGAAUAGCUGACAAUUCCAUUUGCUUAUACUUUCUCACAUCAAAAUGGCUGGUAUUACACUUGGAGUAAGCUUCAAGAAAAUAUGCAAAUGUGUAUCUCUUAAUAUAAUUUCAUUUUUCGAUACUUAUUUUCAGAUAUCUUUAACUAUCACUUAGACUUCCCUACUUUGUAAAUUGUGAAACUGAUGAAUCUUUUUUAAAAGCUUGCUUAGAAUUCUUCUUAAAACAUAAAACAAAUGCAGG